CUUGAUUAUUUCGUAUUUCGUGUGCAAGCGCGACUAAAAGCGGUUGAGUUGAAGCGAAAUACAGCAGAGAAUCUGAUUCCGUAAUUUGAUUUGAACUCUCAUCUCAUCGAUCAAACGAAUUUGAUAUAGUCUGAUAAAUAGGGGUGGGUGGUGUUUUCUGCGGCAUGUAGCUCGGUGGUAGUGCUAUCGAACAGAGUUUGUAAUGGAUGUGGGAUUUCUGAGGUUCUGAGAAGCAUCUAGGAUGCCAUGAGCCUGAGCUGAGCUGGUGAAGAUUUUUUCGUUUCUGAGAAAUAAGACUUUCAAGAUGGAUAGAAGAAAAUACUCCUCCUGUGUGAUACUAUGGGCUUUAUUAGCUGUAUUUUGUGGCACGGCAAAAUCAGGACCGACGAAAAGGCUCAGCCGCAUGGUGAGGGAAGUCUAUCCGGAAGUGGAUUCGGAAAACGAGGGAAAUCAAGCGCAAGUUUGCAUUGUUGGAGACGUAGUCUAUGGUACAGAAGAACCAGUCCCAGCAGAGCAACCCUGCUUGAAAUGCAAAUGCCAACCACCGGGAGUGCAAUGCGAGACCAUCCAGUGUGCUAAGAGACCUGGGUGCAAAGCUAUCCACAAACCAAACAAGUGCUGCCCUGACUACCAAUGUGAAUGUGAACAUCACGGAAAAUUCUACGCUAACGGGGAAAAACUAGAAACGCCGCCUGGCGGAGAAUGCAAAGUAUGCUACUGCAGGGGUGGAGAAGUCCAAUGUGCCGAAGUAUCCUGCUACAUCAGGAAAGACUGCGAAGGAAAACGGGUCCCUGGUACCUGCUGUCCCAAAUACGACCAUUGUCCCCCUAUCGAUCCCAUACCAGAAAGAUCACCCUACACCACUGAGAUAGUCUUGCCGAACAUAAACAAGAACCCAUACGAACUCUGGCCAAUGACAGGUCUACCUCCAAACGCCACCGAAAUUAUCUUCGAAAGAACAUCAGAUGACAUCCAAGAAAACAAGAUACCAGACACCUCCUACUACGAUCCAACCACUUCCAACUACAAAGCCCUAGAAGUGGAAGAUCUGCAAAGAGAAGCCCACGCGAAAAUAACGAUACAAGAAAUCAUACCAGAAAUCAAAGAAAUACCAGUCACUGCGUCACCCAGAGUAAGCACCGAUUUCCAAGGCACCUUGAUCAUCGAAGAGGAUUUCAUCAACAACUCUAACGACUUGGUGGUCACAGAUGCAGAGGCAGAGUCUAGUGAGGUCUCAGAGAUCUUUCAACAACCACCCCCCAUCCUCAGAAUCGGAGACAAGCUGUUGUUUUUGAAAAAGGGGGAGUUGGUACCUGAGAUAAACGCCAGUACCCCUAGCUCCGUGAUAACCAUAAUAGGGGCCGAGGGACUUCAAAGAGGAUUCGAGGAGAGCUCAGAAUUCCACGAGGGCAAAGAAGAAAAUCAAACGGAACCUGCACAAACUAGCAUAGAAGAUAAGAAGGCCUUGGAGCUAGCUGAUAGCGAAGACCUUAAUGUUCUCCUGCUGAAUACGGCUGCAAGCACGCAUAUACUGUCGCUGGUGAAACGAAAGAACCAAGUCACUACCACAGAGUCACCUUCUUCCACAGAAUCCACAACUGACCUGCUAGAAACCAGCUCAGACUAUAGUAGCACCUCUUCAAAUCCAAAGGAAGAAGUGAGUAGUACUACCGAGCCAGACCAGACACUGUCAGAGGAACCCAAGCAACAAGUUGAGAACAUCACUGCUGCUGCAGCGAAGCCCGAACAAACAGAAAUUCCAAAAGAACAUGAAAUCGUCACAGAAAUCAACCCAGCUUACCCACCGUUACCGGAAAUCUUGAGUCCUAACAUGGAAGACACCUCACAAAGAUUUGAAGUAGAUGAGAAUAAAACACUGGACAAUAACGGGACUGCUAGUAAGAUCUUCCCAGGGGUACUAGACAUAAGGAGCAACAAGACUGUACCUUCGAAUAUCACCCACAGCGAGUGGUUGAAGACCAACACGGAUACCUUGGUGAAUCUGAGGGCAGUGUUGCCUGAGGAACUAUUGAUGCAGCCAGCACCAACAGAUAUCGAAGACACUGAAUCCACAACGAGUGGCUCAUCUGCAUCAGUCGAGAGCUUGGAAGAAACUAGUGAAGAGAGUAAAGAGUUGACUACUCCGAAAGCUAAGCAUUCUUCUAUUUUGAACAGCGAAGAUGCUAGCGUGGAAGGCAGCAAGGAUAGAACAGAAGCGAACGAUAUGGUUGAGGAGAAAGAGCUUCCAGAAGAUCGCAACAUCGAAACAACGACACCACAUACUAAGGUGGCGAUUGACAAUGUGGAUGAAAGCACGAAGAAUCAAACUAGUUUCAAAGACACGGAUGUUGAAAUUAUAGACACUACAAACCUUCAGAAACCCAGUAUCGAAAAAAUUUCUUCGUUGGAUGUUUCAGUAGUUUCUGGUCCUGGAACGCCAUUGAAGAUAAUCAAGAGAGAGAACUCAGGAGAAGACCGAUCUGAAGAGGAAGAAGAAACUGAUGAGAGUCAGAGUGAGGAUGAAGCUAUCUUUAAGGACCUGCUUGAGGAUAUUAGUACUCCUAGAGCUUCUAGGCCUUUGCCUAUGAUGAGCUCAGAUCCCAAACAGAAAUACGGCAAUGCAUUAGCUCAAUUUUCUUUGAAGGACGGUUUUUCAGAUCCUAGUGUAAUAGGGUUACUAGCGAGGUAUAUAAGUGAGAAUAAGGACAUUAUGGAAUGAAUAACUGAUGGAGUAUAGUUCGAUGUAUAUCUGUCAUUUUCGAUGUGAUUUUUGCCAAUAUAUUGCUGGGACGAUGGAAAUUAAUUGGUUAUAAUAUUUAUAAUGUGCUGUAGCUUCAAGUUGGAUUGUCUUAUUUUGACUGUCAUGGCAAAUUGAGAGUUGAGGUAGUCUAUGAUCUUAUACAUAUUGCCAGUAAAUGAAUAUAGUCAGGUGGAGCUGAAGCCAUUUCCAUUUUCAGAUAAUUGAAGUUCAUGAUAUCGAUCAAAUAAGAUUGAAUUAGUGUUAGAAGUAUAAUGAUAUAACAUUUUCAUUCAUUCCCUACUGUGUAGACUCCUGAUAUUUAUUUAUAGGUUUAGUUAUAGCAAAACCAUCAGCAUGAAGGAAUAUUUAUAAAAAAAUUGUUUUUAUCUUUGUUACUAGUUGAUUAUCCAUGUAACGAAAUAAAUGAACACUUUUAUCGA